AUGUACUUGAUGUGGUUUGAGCGAAUCAGGGCUUUGGGUGGUCGCUGGGCCCCACGGAUCGCCGCGAAGGUCAUACAGUCAGGCAGUCGUCGCGCAGUCAUGCUCGGGAACACCAUCGUCCUAUGUCUGCUCCUCGGUCCAACAUCUAUACUCGCAAUCGGGGAAAAUGCGAUGGACCUCAAUACAAUAACGGGUAUCAUUGGUGGUAUAGGACGAAUGCUGGAAACGAGUGUUGACACUAUUAAUGUACCGUCCGAGUUAAUAAUGGGCCGGUGGUUCCAGAUGUAUAAAGCAGCAAUCAACUUCGAUGUGUUCCGUACGCAAAUGUUUUGUCCUGUUGCCUAUUUUUCGCCGAAUCCCAUAAUGGGAGAGGAUGGGUUUUCGAUGGAAGAAGCCUACAGAACGGUGUCAAAGACCGGACCAAUUGAGACCUACAAAAGAGACAUGAACAAAGUAGGACCCGGCCAGUACUGGAUGUAUACCGAAGAGUACUUUUAUCCCAGACAAUUCUAUAUUAUUGCCGCUGGUCCUGCCUUUGACAAUGAAACGAGAAAAGCUGAUGAACCACUUCAGUACAUGGUAGUGACAGAUGCCAACCGCCUGUCACUCAUGGUCUACUCGCGAGAUCCCCACAUUUUCUUCCAGACGUGCGUACACGUGUUUUGCUCGGAAUUUCUUACCGGAAAGGUCAAUUCUGAUCAGUAUCUUUUCUUCUCUUGCGAUUGGGGAAAUCAAGUUUUUAGCCCUGAUGCAAUGACGGCGCUGACCCCUUCCCCCUUUAGUUCGUCCGCAUACCGAAUUACGCAACGUUGCACUUGCGAACUGAAGACGUUGCGGGCGCAUCAGAGAGAAGGAAAAAAAUAUAGGGUGCUAAAGAACCAGGAACUGGCCGAGCGAAGCAAAAACGGUACAGCCGAGCCAGCAAUGUCCGGCAUGCCUUUGGCGGACAUGUUGCGUGAUCCGAAGAAGACUCUCGAGCGGCUGGUCGGCACUCAAGGUCACUGA